AUGGCAACUUUCACUUUCUCAUUGUGUUUUCUACUCAGCUUCACCUUCCUCUUUGUCUUAGUUCAUCCUUCUUCAUCUUCAUCUUCGCCUUAUCUAUAUCCAUCAACAUUUACGAAGAAUUACAAUAAUAUGCUUACGAGUUUCAAAAUUUUCAUCUAUCCAACGACUGAACGAAUUACUUUUUUUACUCAAUCAGCUUCAAAUUUCUAUGAUUCCCUCCUUAAUAGCGCGUUUAUCACUCAGGAGCCUGAAGAAGCUCAUCUGUUCUUCGUGGUUUUCUCUCCUGAGAUAUCUACUCGUUCUCAGGCGCGGCUUGUUCGUGAGCUGAGAACGAAGUAUCCUUACUGGAACCGGACGUUAGGAGCUGAUCAUUUCUUCAUCUCACCGGAAGGAAUUGAUUUUUCUUCUGAUAGAAAUGCACUCGAGCUGAAGAAAAAUUCAGUUCAGAUUUCGGUUUUUCCGACUGUUUCAGGUAAGUUUAUACCUCAUAAGGAUAUCAGUUUGCCUCCGGUGAGUAAAUCCUCACUCGUACUCUCUCACGCGCCGGUGAAUAUGGAUCGUUCGUUUUUAGGUUAUCUGAAAUGGGAUGGGAAGACGGAGGCGGAGUUGGUGGAGGAGUUGAGGUUGGAUUCGGAGUUUGUUGUUGAAACUGAGCCGUUGGAUCAAUUAGGAAGAGUGAAGAGUAGUAAGUUCUGUUUGUUCUUCUACGAAGCUGAAUCGACGGCGGAUUUGACUGAAGCAAUGGCGGCGGGAUGUGUUCCGGUGGUGAUUGUUGACCGUCCGGUUCAGGAUUUUCCGUUAAUGGACGUUUUGAGGUGGUCGGAAAUGGCACUGUUGAUCGGAAACCGCCGUGGAGGUCAGGGAUUGAAGGCGGUCCUGGGCGGUGUGCCGGAGGAUCGAUAUGAGCGGAUGAGGGGAUUGUGUGUAGCGGCAGCUCACCAUAUGGUGUGGAACGCGGAACCUCAGCCGUAUGAUGCAUUUCAUAUGGUGAUUUAUCAACUGUGGAUGAGACGGCAUACAAUUAGAUACACUCGGAGGGAAGAAUUUUAG